CUCCCCCUAAAAUAGCAGUCAGCGUGUAAAUGUGAACUGAAAUUACGUUUAUCCACCGGAGCCACCGAUAUAGAGUGUCUAUACACGGCGACUGACUUGGGAGUAAAGGACAUUUUCCAAGGAGGACAAAAACACCAGAAAGCUGAAAGCCAAGGAUGUAUUGAGUGAAAAAUAAGAGAUAGAAGCUGAACAUUCUUGGUCCAAUAAAGAGGAUAGUGUUUCUUUGAGUGUUUGAUUGUGGUGCGGUCUGUCGAAGAGCACAUUGCGAAGACAGAAGAAAGAGUGUAUACAAGAAGAGAGACUGUUGCACAAUGUGCUAGGAGAGUGCGAGAAGAAAUCGUGUUGUUUUUCUGAUAUUGUUGAGGUGUCAGGGAGACCGGAAAGGACGCAGCCAUGGGGCGGAAGAAGAUACAGAUCACCAGGAUCAUGGAUGAGAGGAACAGGCAGGUUACCUUCACAAAGAGGAAGUUUGGCCUGAUGAAAAAGGCCUAUGAGCUGAGCGUACUAUGCGACUGUGAGAUCGCCCUCAUCAUUUUCAACAGCUCUAACAAACUGUUCCAGUAUGCCAGCACAGACAUGGACAAAGUGUUGCUGAAAUACACAGAGUACAACGAGCCCCAUGAGAGCAGAACCAACUCUGACAUUGUAGAGAAAUUGAGAAACAAAGGCCAUAAUGACUGUGCUAGUCCUGAUCCUGAUGACUGUUUUGGGCACAGCCCCCUCAUGGACGACCAUUUCGGCAAACUAAACGAAGAGAGUGAUUUAAUGUACAAGCGCUGUGGUCCCACAGCAUUGCCUCAGCAGAACUUCUCCAUGCAUGUGGCAGUGCCUGUAUCCAAUCCUAAUGCCAUGUACCAGCCAGGAGGGACUCUGGGCAGCCAGGCCCUGGCAGCAGCCGCGGCCUCGCUGAGUGACAGUGGGAUGCUGUCCCCUCCACAGGCCUCUCUGCACAGGAAUGUGGGCUCAAGUGGAGGACCCCAGAGGCCCACCAGUGCAGGGAACGGUUUUGUUAACCCCAGGGGCUCUCCAGGCGUUCUCAGCACACCCAGCGGCAAUGGCCUGGGUAAAGUCAUGCCCACCAAGUCUCCACCACCCCCUGGAGGGAACAUGGGAAUGGGAGGCCGCAAGCCAGACCUAAGGGUUGUUAUCCCUCCAUCGAGCAAAGGGAUGAUGCCCCCACUGAACACCCAGAGGAUAAGCAGCUCUCAAUCCACCCAGUCCCUGGCCACUCCAGUAGUGUCUGUCACCACCCCCAGUUUACCCCCACAGGGCCUGGUCUACUCGGGCAUGCCCACCUCCUACAACCCUACUGAGUUCUCCCUGAGCAGUGCAGAGAUCUCUUCCCUACAGGGCUUCAGCUCUCCUGGGCUCUCACUGGGCUCCAUGUCGGCAUGGCAACAGCAUCAACUAGGCCAGGCAGCUCUUAAUUCUUUGGUUGGUGGAGGUCACCUACCUCAGGGCUCCAACCUCUCCGUCAACACCAGCCAGAGCAUAAACAUCAAGUCUGAGCCCAUCUCGCCGCCACGGGAGCGUGUCACCCCAUCUGGCUUCCCCCCUCAGCAGCCGCAGCAAGGGUCCAGCCGACAGGAAGUUCUGGGACGUUCACCUGCCGACAGCCUCAGCUCAUCCUGUAGCUCGUAUGACGGCAGCGAUCGCGAGGACCACCGGCCAGACUUCCACUCCCCACUGGGUUUGGGCAGACCCCCUGCUGGCUCUGAGGACAGGGAGAGCCCCUCGGUCAAGCGCUUGCGCAUGGACACAUGGUGACAUAAAGAGCCCCGAUUAAGCCUCCAGUCACCAGCCAGUCAGAGAGGGGGAGGGGUUAGACAUGGAGAUAAAAGAAAGAGCAAGGGUCCUUAGAGCUAUCAUUAAUGAUACUAUUAUUCAACUCCAUUUCAAUUUGUAAGACUGAGUGGCAAAUGCGAUAAGGACAUAUCUAAAGUAAAUUCUCAAACUGAUACAGUAAAAUAAAAAAAAAUUCUCAGUAAGCUGGACUGAAUUUUAUGCACAAGCAGGUGGUUUCAGGUACUCGGUGCAAUUCAGAUGACGUUUGCAGAAGAAAGAUGUUCAAAGAAAAUUGUUAAACAAUAGGCAGUAGAUUAUUGUAGUCACUGGUCUAGUCAGACACUUACAUGUAGUUGCUGUAUUGCUGUUGUGCUUGCAAGUUGCAAACAAUCAGAGAAAGUCAUGUUGCUUUCUGGCUGAGGACCCUUACAUAAUGAUGUUCACUGCAAGAACUAUCUUUUAAAAUCAUGCUGUAACCACACAAGACCUUUAUCUCAAGUGGCCUCGUAAUUUAUUGAGUCAGUCGAUCAGGAGAUACAGACAACACAGAGUUAAUUACAGGAAUUUUGAUCAUACAGUAAGUAAUUGCAACAGUUGAGACUACUUUUAGUGAAUAAAUGAAACAAUACUGUUUGAGGUAAAAACAAAACAAAAUAGCAACAGAAUUUAUUGCAAUAAUGACAUACUAUUCAUUUUAUAAUUUAAAAGAGUAGGAUAUAUAAAUGUGCAAUUAAGAUAAUGCGAACCUGUCCAGUUGAACUGGUGAGAAAAUCAACAUGUUCACAUUUGUGUAACAGUUCAUCAGUAACAUAAGCCAAAGCUGUUCUUUUGUGUUGUUUUUGUACAGUUGCUACGGUUUCCUAACAAUUCACUCAAAUGCACCAUUUCUUUCAUCAUAGUUUUAUUUUUUAUUGUGCUUUAUCGCAAACAGUGUAAAGUCGUGUAACCAGAUCUUGAAUCGAUAUCUAAAGCCAUGAACAUUUGCUGUUCUGUUUGUACAAUUGAUAAUUUGAGCCAAACAUUUUCUUUUUGUUGUGUAAAUAGCGACUUUAAUAUAUAUCACCAGAGUGUGAGUGCAUACAGAAUGUACUGUACGAUCACCGUUUUCAAGAAAAGUAUAUUUUUGUGGAUUACAGCCAAGUUUACAAGAGUAGACCCUUAAAAAGUAGAUCAUUCACUGGUCAAUAUUUGCUAUUUUGUUCAUUUUACUGUAAUCUCUUCUAAAUUGAAAUAUCAACAUAACCACCCAUGUGUUUUAGAUUGUUUUUCUCUCUUUAUUAGUGAUGACUGUUUGUCCUGAAGAUAUUGUAAUAACAAUGCUGUGAGGUUGAAGUUCCACUAUUUUCAAAUUUUUGAAGGAUGAUCACAAGGCUAGGGGAAACAUUUUUUUCCCUCCUAUUGUAGUUGUAUGCCAGCAGCUGCUGAAUACACUGCCAACAUUCAAAACCAAGGUCCCAGCCCCACACUAAAGAAUAAUCUAUUGUUAUUGCAUGUAGCUCAACUGAAAGACAUGCCAUCUCUCAAGCCCUUUUUCCACUAUCCUGUUCUUGGUUCAUUGAAUUGAAGCAGAAGACAUACACGUGGUAGAAGUGGCUGCUGACCUUCACACAAACUGAUCAUGCCUGUGCUCAUAUGUGGUUGUAAAUAUCGCAGUCAGUAAUAAUUAUGUACAAAAUAUUCAUGUGUUUCCUUAAUUGGCCUCAGAAUUUGUAUUUGAUAUCAAUGCCCUAUUAUUAGUAAGACUACUAUAAGCCUAGGAACGUUAGGGGGCAGAAAAUCUGAAGGCGUUGAAGUCAUGUAGGUGUCGCGCCGCCGUUAUCACACCGUGCAGAGACAGAGGGGGGAAAAAGGGGGUCUGUGACUUGUUUUCUUCUCCAUCAUCACAGAAGUAAAUAAUUCAGCAGCUAAAUCAUAACAACAACGCAAUGUCAUUGACUUCAAUCUCACUGCUGGAUUGCACACAUUCGUAUGAGAAGUUUGCUGUACGCCAAGGUUAUCACGCUGCAUUCACCGUGACGCAUCUUGUGUGUGUUUCUUAGGUUUCUCCGCCCCAUCACUAGCUCCAUGGUAGUUCUCAAUAUAAUCUAUGCAGCUUUAGUCCCAAUUCACACAACAUACACAGAAAAUGAUGUCAUUACAGGUCACGUCUAGUCCACAAAGUAUCAGGAAGAAGAGCAUCUGAGGAUUGACUGUUAGCCUCUUAUCCUGAAGUGCCACAGCUGGAAGUUGCUGGACUACAAGUUACAUAUAAUACUUUUUAUUAAAUGUUUGAUUUGGAUACCCCCGGGGCAAUCUCUUCACGUUCAUAUAGACACACUUUACAUAAUGUAUAGUAAUCCAUAAUGUAAUCCAGUUUAACACAGCAGGUGAAAAUAGCAAUAAUAAAUGACUACAACAAAAUAGUCUGCCCGUCUUGGCAGCACCACCUCGUAGUUGAGCACAUACUUUAGCACUUAAUAACAUAUCAGGGAAUUUUGUAGUUUGUCUAUCUAUAUGCACAGUUAGGAAAUGCCUUAUCCCAAAGAAAAAUGAUAUAUACCAUUGUUUUAUUUUCUCUCAGUUUAAAAAAAUAAAAAGACAAUGCAGUUAUCACUCAAACUUGACCAGACCUGCCUCUUCUCAGAAAAAACCCACACAAGAAAAAGCACAGUGAAUGCACCGUGAUACACUUUGCUCUUUUGUCCAAAUUGUGCACAACUGAUGAAUGUGAAAGGAAAGGGUAAUCAAUGAACCUUUGUAAAGGACUUUCUUCACUUUGCUGUGUAAGAGUACACUGCUUUGCUUCAUGGCUUUUAUAAACAGAACUACGUGUUUGGUAAGUGUUUGUAGUUGAUAGUUCACUUAACUAAAGAAGCUGUUUUCGGUUUGAAUGCUCAGACCGUUUGGCGGCACAAGCUGGACUUUGUUGCCAAUAAUGAAAUUAUUUGUUUCAAAAUCGAAAGAGAUUUUAAGUUAAUCUACAUUUUCUUUCCCUUGAAUGUGUUAUUUUAUUUUCAUCAUACAAUAAAUAUUCAAGUGAACUUUUUAUUAAACAAUUAAGAUACUAUGCUAGAUAUUGUUGUACAAAAUUUGUAUUCUUCACAAAAGUACAAAUAUUGGCUUUUAAUGUGUAAUUUAGGUUAUCUCUCUUAUUCUGUAUAAAAUGAAGUAAACAACUCUUACAUAGAAUUUGUUCUCCUGUGAAGUCCCAAACAGUAGAAACUGUCAACUUUAUUAAACACCUCAGUGUAUGCUCAAUCUGAA